AUGGACAAGGAAAAGGGAGUGACCGAUGUUCCGGGAGUACCCAAGAGCGACCGCGGCCUCAGAAUUGCAAUCAUUUUCGUAACUGUUAGCAGCAAAAUCGCCCACAUUGCUACAAAUAUCCUCACACUGCCAUACAAUCGUUUCUACCAACAAAACACUCUGCUACCGAUUUUGACCAUCGCGAAAGCUGUCGAGGAUCGCGAAAAUGACGAGGAAAUCUCAGCUCAACUCAAGCGGUGGCGGGACCGGAAGUUGAGCGAAUUCCAGCUCGUACAAGUUGCUAGCACUUUGAUCUCAGCCGCUGUCAUCGGCUGCUUCUCCUGGCCGCCUCCUGACUCGCUGCACUGGCUCGGCCCGGCUUUCUGGCACGCCAGCAUCUCCUUCUCGCUCUUCUCCAUUCUGCUCGCCGCCUCGGAGCAGUUCAUCUUCCAGACGCUCCACCGCUCGCCGAAGCCGCGCAAUGUAGACAAGGAGCUCGCCAUGAUCCUCUAUAUCCGCCGCAGCAGGAAAGUUGAGCCCGUGCACUCACCUCUCGAGGAGUUGCCGCCUAUCCCGCAGAUCCGCGCCAUCAAGAUCAAGGAGAAGGGCGGCUGGUUCCCCAGGGAGAUGCCGCUCGUCGAGAUCCGGUGGAACAUGAUCUUCACAUGGCAGGCGCCAAUGAUGCUUAUGGCGUACUCGGCGAUUUGCUUCCUGGGUGGGUUGACGGUCUACGUCUGCGCGCCGUUGUACGACGGGCAGGGAUGGGUUGGCGCAAGCAAGGUGCGCGUCGUCUAA